CGACGGCGGGCGAGUCCUUCUUGGUUGAUUUUUUUGCUGUCGCCAACCCAGGACAAAACAGCGAUGGCGCACCCAUCGCGCUCAGCACCAGCACCAGCACCAGCACGGCACGUCAGCGCUCACGCUCGGGUUCGCACGGAGAUGCGGCUGUCGCGGGAUGGAGCGGAGCUGAAGCACACGCGAAGGACGGCGGGGAAGGUGACGUGCUUGGCGUUCUCCAGCGCAGGCUCCUUGCUGGCCACAGGCAGCGAUGACAGCACCGUCCACUUGUGGGACGCAGACACCGGCGACAUCACCUUCGUUUGUCGCAAGCACCGCCGCGCCGUCUGGUCCGUGAGCUUCUCCCCUGGCGGCUCCCGGCUGGCCAGCGGCGGUUGGGAUGGCCACGUCUGCAUCUGGGACCCCUGGACCGGAAACCUUGUUCACCACCUCGAAGCACACAACGGACCCGUGUGGGCUGUGGUGUACAGUGCCAGCGGAAGCAUCCUUGCAUCUGGUGGCCGCGACCAGCGCAUCAUGCUGUGGAAUGCCAACACUGGGCAACUGCUCGACUACUUUAAGCAUGGAGUUGUCCACCCAAUCUACUGUGUGGCCAUCAAUCCUCAGGACACGCUCUUAGCAGAGGGUAGCAUGGACAACACGGUUCGCCUUUGGUCGCUGGAUGAAGAUUCAAACAUCAUGCGCAAGCUUGAACGAAGCGAGAAGAUGGCAGCACAGGCUGCGACACGGACGUUUCAAUCCCGGGAGGGCCAAACCGCGCUGCGAAAGGCAAAGGCCAAGGUCCGACAGAAGAAAUUCAGCUUCUUUGGGGCGGAGGCAGGGCGGGAAGAACACGCAGACUCGCGUGCACGUGAAGCAAGCCCCAUUGGGCAAGAGCACCCUGUUCGGGUCUUGACACGACACACAGGACCCGUCGUCUCUGUCGCCUUCUCCCUGGAUGGCGGCAUGCUCGUGUCUGCCUCGCACGAUCGCACGGCCAUCCUGUGGGAUCCAGCUUCUGGCAACGUGCUGCACGUGAUCAAGAGCGCCUCCAACUCCCCCGUUUGGUGCUGCGUGUUUUCUCGCGACUCGACGCUGCUUGCAUUGGGCACGGGAAGCGGUGCCGUUGAGUUUUGGGACCCGCAGGCACCAGACACGCUGUUGCUCAGCUUCCAGGCCCAUAAGAGCUACAUUGGCUCCUGCGCGUUUUCAUCGGAUGGACUGCUGCUUGGGACUGGCUCUGAUGACAAAACAUUCCGGCUCUGGUCACUCUUGUCCCCGCCCGAUCUCCUCAAGCUGUGUCACGACCGCAUCAGGAGAGAGAAGCGUGAGCAAGAAUUGGAAGCUGCACGACAGCGCGAGAUGGAACAGCUGGAGCAGCAGCGGAAACAGCGAGCGAUGAAGCGUAAAGAAGCACAACAGCAAGCAGAGGACCUCUACCGCCAAAGCGUCGAAUCUAGUCGCGCCUCAACUGGAUUUUCUCGCCUGCGGGAACACACGGAUGCAUCUCGCACGCCAACGACCGCUCGCUCGGAGGCAGAUGACGACGACGACGCCGCCGCUGAUGAGGAAGACGAACUGAACCGAGCACGUGCCGCUGCACUGCGGGAGCUAAUUCGCCUGAAGCAACAGGCUCUCCAACGAGAGACAAACGCAGUGGCGGCGAUGCAAGAGGCCAUCCACAACAAACGGGAGGAGCUUGCACGGCAGACUCGAAUGGAGGUCCAUCGCCUUGCUCUCAGGAAAGAUCAGGAGCAGCGGGGCAUGAUUGGCGGACCAAUUGGGGUGGAGCCAUCCAAAGAUUUGGAGUAUGUGGAUGCGAUUCAUCGCAGGCUGCAGCAACUCUACAAGCGCGUUGGACGGGAACCUCGCGGCAACACCACGACAGAAUUGGCGUUGGAAGGCGAGCUUGUACCAGAUGAUUUGGAGCGGCAGGCUCAAUUCCAGCAAGUGCUGCUUCGUACCCUCGACUACCAGGAGUACACACCUGGCGUAUUGCCUCAGCCAUGGGGUUGAUCAGCCAAGAGCCGGGGGCACGCCGAUUCUGAUCACUGCCGCCACCACCAGGACUCAUCCACACCGCCACCUUAUGUUGUACACACGAGUGUCCAUGUUUUGUCCUUUCGUUUGCGCCUUGCUACCCUUUUCUGUUGGAAAGCUCAAAAGCUGGCUGGAAUGAUGCUUUGUUUUGGCGCCAACAUCCUGUGCUAUCCGUUUUGGCGCGAAAAUCAUUGUCAUACAUAAGUGUUUCAGUUCAACAACCAAGCA